UUCAUAUCGUACUCGUUGAAAAGGUCGGACGCAGUCUGCGCGUCACUAGCGCAGAGGAAGUAAUUAUUUUUUAUUCUGUGCAUAAAAAUAAGUAUUUUAUUUUAAAAAGUAUUUCAAGAGCACACACAACAAGCAGAUACAGAAAAUUCUAUUGAUUUGUACGCUCGUCCAAGAUGGCGGACGACGAGCAAUUCAGUUUGUGCUGGAACAAUUUCAACACAAAUCUGUCCGCUGGUUUUCACGAAUCGUUAUGUCGUGGAGAUCUGGUGGAUGUAUCUUUGGCUGCGGAGGGGCAAAUUGUAAAGGCGCACCGUUUGGUGUUGUCCGUCUGCUCGCCGUUUUUCCGCAAAAUGUUUACGCAAAUGCCACCGAAUGCCCAUGCCUUUGUGUUUUUAAAUAAUGUUAGCCAUUCGGCAUUGAAGGACCUGAUUCAGUUUAUGUAUUGUGGCGAGGUUAACGUUAAACAAGAUGCCCUACCAGCGUUUAUAAGCACAGCGGAGUCCCUGCAAAUCAAAGGGCUGACAGACAAUGAUCCCGCUCCGCAACCUCCACAGGAACCCACACCCCCACCACCAGCCGCACCUCAUGUACAACAACAGCAACAACAAGUCCCAACCCAGCGAGUACAGCGUCAACAGCCGCGUGCAUCAGCACGUUAUAAGAUUGAAACCGUUGACGAUGUUCUGGGCGAUGACAAGGGAACAACUCAGAUUGUCAUCCAGACUACAACCGCACCUCAAGCCACCAUUGUACAACAGCAGCAGCAGCAACAACAACAGCAGCAGACGCAACACAUUCAAACGCAACAGCAACUGCAAACCGGGACAACAACAACAGCCACGCUGGUGUCGACAAACAAACGGACAGCACAGCGCGGUUCCCUCGUUGGCAGUGGCAAUGUGAAGCGCUCGAAGACAACAACAACAACCGCAAAUGUUAUUGACCCCUUGGAUACGACACCGGACACCGCGACCACGACUACUACCGCUCAACAACUGGCUUCCCAACAGAUUACCGUGCAAACGACGGUGGUGCCCAGUGAGACAAAAGUGCAUCAAGUUCGUCAACAGCAGGCUGCCGCUCAAGAGGAAGCUGAAUAUAUUGAUCUCCCCAUGGAAUUGCCCACGAAAUCGGAACCGGACUACAGUGAAGAUCAUGCCGAAGUUGCUGGCGAUGGCGAUACGACCUACGUAGAGGAUGAUACCUACGGUGACAUGCGUUACGAUGAUAGCUACUUUACCGAGAACGAAGAUGCUGGCGCACAAACAGCUGGUGGCAACACAAGUGCCGCUAAUGUCUCAGCAACCACAUCGAAGGCCGUGGUCAAGCAGCAGUCGCAGAGCUACAGUGAUUCAUCGUUUGUCGACACCGGCGCGGAUCAAGGCAACACAGAGGCUCAAGCUAAAGUUCCCCGUGCACGUCGUCUGAAGAUUAAGGACUUUGAUGGAACUGCGAUGUUUGAAACUACUAACCGCCAGCGACCCAAACUGUUAAUUGAUGGUACCGGCUAUUUAAUACAUCGUCAAAGUGCCGAAAAUGAACAUGUUGGCAGCUGGCGUUGCAUGCAUCAUCACAAAGGAUGCAAGGCACGAGCGUCCACAUUUAUGGUUGGUUCCGAAGUUAGAUAUCGCCACUCCAGAAAUCCACACUUUCAUCCAUUCCUUACAUUGCAAAAGCAUAAGAAAAGGCAAUUCAAAAAAGAAAUAGACAAUCGCCUUACAACAUUAAUAAUAAUUAACUAUAUCUAAUUUAGGACGAAAGUACACAUUUAACAUUUUUCAAAAAUAACCUUGUUCAUGGUGUCGAUAUUCUUUUGUUUUGUCUAUCAAUUAAUUUAAAAUGUAUGUCUUUAUUGUUUCUUAAUUUUAUAAUAUUUGACUCUAAGGACCUAAAAUCUUUGUGGAUCCAUCUUAAUUAUAAAUAAAAUAAUUAACAACAUGCUUCAAUGCUUAGCAAAGGGAUCUCGAGACACAACAGUUGUAUACUUUAUAUAUAAUUUAAGAUUUCCCAUCCGAUUCGAAAUCGCGUUCUACAUGCAAAGAACUUGUACUUGCUUCUUGUUUUGUAUUAUUCGAUUGUCCUAAUUAAGUUAAAUCCGAUACUGUCACUAUUUCUACGCUGACUCAAUCUUCGCCAACGGAUCGCCAGAGCCGCUCUCAGCACGAUUCCAACCAUGAAUACGAUCGGCGGCAGUCAGAGAGCUUAACUUCUUGUGUAUAAGCAUGCCAGCCGCCUUGGCCGCCUCUAUACGUUUCGUAUCGCCCAUAUGAUUAUGUACAUCUGUUAAGAACAUAAUGAAUUAAAAUGGAAAAUCAUUGAACAUCGCAGAACAAACCAUUAGUCACGUAGAGAUCGUCGCCGAUGGUCUUAAGGCGACUGCGGCAUUUCAUGGAACGAUUUUGUACGCAUUCCCAGUACAAAAUGUCAUUACUUUUGCCAUAAAACUUGAGAUUGGAGCGAUAGACAAAGUUGUUAAUAGUCAGCAGAGUGCCGCCCUUCCGACUGAUGAGAAACGUCUGUGGUCCACAGUUGUGCACGUGCUGUGUAACUGCAAGAAACGAAUUAAAGUGUAUUAAUUACAUCAAUUAGCAAAUUACAACAAAAUUAUAGUCAGAAGUACAAAGUAUGUGAAGCUUACAUGCUAGUCAUAUAGUUUAUUAUGGAAUAGAGACUUUAUUGACAUCAAAUUUAUUACAAAAAACAGUAGAAUUGAUUCAGUUAGAAAUAUAAUUGUGAUUAAGUAUAAUAGGGAUAAUAAAUGUAGAAAAUAAUGUAAAAGGUGUAAGUGGAUUCUGGGGAAUUAUUGUCUGCAAUUAAAGAAUUCUCCAGAAGUUUCUCUGGUAGCGUUAUUUCUUCUUGUUCUGCAGUGCCUUCUGCAGGCGACGCUUGAUCUUCUCGCGAAAAUCAUUUGGAUCCAUUUCGCCAGCAGUUGGAGCUGGCGGAGUUUCGUUCUGGUCGCCUUCUUCUUCUGCUGCGGCAGAUGUUUCCAUUGCAACGGAUUCCUCAAUUUCAUGGAUUUCAAACACUUCGCUCUCCUCCUCCUCUUCUGGCACCAGCUCCACAUCAAUGUCAGUACUUGGAUUCUGCACUAAGAUCUCAACUUUUGGUUCCUCUUUCGGUGCAGCAGUAGUCACAACACUGAUUGCUCCAUCGGCUGGUGUAAAUUGAGAUGAAGUGACGCUCUUGUCGCUAGCUUGCAUGAAGUGCACAUGCUCU